AUGAAUAUGUCAAAAUCCUUUGAUAGGCUAGAAUGGAGCUUCCUUCUAGACAUGCUGGACAAGUUUGGUUUCAGUCAAAAGUUCUGUCAGUUAAUAUCUCAGUGCAUCACCACCACUCAAAUUGACAUUCAGUUCAAUGGGUCUCCUUGUAAACCUUUUAUUUCAUCAAGGGGCAUUCGCCAAGGUGAUCCAUUUUCACCAUACUUAUUCAUCAUUGCAAUGGAUCCCUUCUCAAGAUAUCUAGCGCACUGUGAAGCUUCCAAACAACUUACUGGUAUGAAAAUUUCUAAGUCAGCUCCUAAGAUAAAUCACCUUCUUUUCGCGGAUGAUUGUUUUCUUUUCUGUAAAUCAAAUCUCACUCGGGUUAAAAAGUUGCUUCAAGACAUCAGCGGUAUCAUGGAAGUUAGAGAACUAAAUAUUAAAGAGGAGAAAUAUCUUGGUCUGCAUUUCUUUGUGGGCCAAAAUAAGAGAAUUCCUUUCUCAGUUUUAGCUGAAAAAAUGGAUCAUAGACUUUCGCGAUGGAAUGGAAGCAACAUGUCUGAAGCUGCCAGAACCGUCACGGUUAAGCAUGUCACUAGUGAAAUUCCUAUUCAUCAUAUGACCAGUUUCAAAUUACCAGACACUACAAUCAAAAAAAUGAAGUCAACUCAGCAAGCUUUUUGGCGAAAUAAGAAGACCUGUAAAGGAAGACAUGUCACAACAUGGAAGAGAGUCCAAAAACCAAAAGAAGAGGGUGGACUUGGUUUAAGGGAUUUGAGUAUUUUCAACAGAGCUCUUCUAGCUAAGUCUGCAUGGAAGCUGUGUGCUGACAAUGAAUCUGUUAUGACAAUGUCUCUACAAGCCAAAUAUUUUCCAGAUGGUGAAUGUUGUUGGAAUGUUGGUGAUGGGCAAAAAAUUCAAAUUUGGAAGCAUCGCUGGAUUCCCAGUAUUUCUUCUCCACCACAACCUAAACAGAAUUGCAACUCAGAUCAUCUCUUUCAGUAUGUUCACCAACUUUUCUCAACUGAUUCUCCAUCUUGGAAUAUGAUAGUAUUGGAUGAAUUGUUUGAUCAACACACAAUAGAUGAGAUUUUAAAAAUCUCUUUACACAGUCUACAAGAGGAUAAACUGAUCUGGCUUCUUGAAAGGAAUGGUAAAUUUUCGGAUAAACUUAACCCAACAGUUACAGGUGAUGUCGAUUCCUGCCCUUUCUGUAAUAUGCACAUAGAAACAUCCUCCCAUGUUAUUGUGAACUGUACUUUAUCAAGGGCAGUGUGGUUCUCUACUUUAGUGUGGAAUUCUAGUAAUGUGAAUACUCUGGAAGAUUGGAAAAUUGUGAGAAUAAGUAAUUUGUUCAUCGAAGAGCAUGUCAAGCAGAAAUAUUCAAUCCAAGUCAAGUUACCUAAAGUGAAUCGUAAAAACAUUCACUGGUCGCCUCCUCCUGUUAACAUGCUUACUAUUAACUGUGAUGGCUCUUACUGUUAUAAUGAUAAUUCUAGUGGAAUAGGACUGAUCAUCUGUAAUUGUGCAGGUAACAACAAAGCAGCAAUGAGCAUAACUAUGGAGAAUGUAAGCAGUGCAGUGCAAGCAGAAAGUACAACACUUUGGGAAGCUGUCAAAUGGGCAAUUGAUUUAAAGAUGGAGAAAGUUUUGUUUGAGCUGGACUGCAAAGUGGUAGUGGAUGUCGUGAAUAAAGAAGAUUUCUCCAUUGACUGGAGAUGCGUCAAUCUUAUUAAGGAUAUCAAGUUAUUUUUUAAAAACAAUAGAUUUUGGAAAUGUUCUUAUGUGCAAAAAAGUAUGUAA